AAUAAUCAUCAGCAAGCCUGUGCAGCUGACUAACCAUGGAUCCUCACAGUCUCCUAACAGUUAAAGUAGUUUUAUUGGAAUAUAAAUAUAGGUGUGAUUGAGCGGAGGAAUUUAUCAAGAAGUUUCUAAACGUUAUUAAUUUUCUUAAUCUUAAUUAAUUUUCUUAAAUAUUAAUUUAUAAUAAUAAUCUUCUCGUUAAUAGAGAAGGCAGAGUAAUUGGUAAUAAAUCACUGAAUUAAUUGAUAACACUUUAGGGAAAGUGUGGUUAUGUGAAAGUUAUUUUUAUUAACAAGGAAUAUUUACAUAGCCACAUCGAGGUUUUUAUAAACGAGUUGAUUUACCUACAGCUAUUAUAGAACGGUGUUAAUGCACAAUGUCAGACGUGCACAGAGUGCUUAAAGAGGCGGCAAUUCAAAUUGGAUCUGGUGGUUCAGCAGGAUUUAUCGAGGUAUGCAUAAUGCACCCCCUCGACCUGGUGAAGACCAGAUUGCAAAUUCAACCAGGUAAACCUGUGUCUAGGGACGAUCCCAAGUACUACUCAGGAGUCUUUGAUUGCCUCACGAAAAUGUACAGGCAUGAAGGUAUCACAUCUUAUUGGAAAGGGAUUAUCCCUCCAAUCCUGGCAGAAACCCCUAAACGUGCAGUGAAAUUCUUUACUUUUGAGCAAUACAAGCAAUUCUUUUUGUUUGGGUCACCAACACCCACACCUUUAACCUUUUCUUUGGCUGGUCUCGGAGCAGGAAUAACCGAAGCCAUCCUAGUAAAUCCAUUUGAGGUAGUCAAAGUGACUCUGCAGGCAAACCGAGCCGUUGGGAAAGAAUUGCCCAGUACAUGGGCAGUAACUAAAGAUAUUGUCUCGAAACAUGGUUUUGGGCUUCAAGGCUUGUUUAAAGGAGUGAGUGCCACUAUAUGGAGGAAUGGUGUUUUUAAUAUGGUUUAUUUUGGUUUUUACCAUUCAGUUAAAGGAUGGUUGCCUGAGUACAAGGAUCCGCUGCAGGAAUUCUUCAGGAAAGUGGCCAUUGGAUUCGUAUCUGGAACAUUAGCUUCUUGCAUCAACAUACCGUUUGAUGUUGCUAAGUCGAGAAUUCAAGGGCCACAACCUGUUACUGGCGUAAUCAAAUAUCGAGGAACUCUUCGCAGUUUGGGUAUUGUGUAUAAGGAAGAAGGAUAUUUGGCCUUAUAUAAAGGUCUUGUGCCAAAGGUAAUGAGACUAGGACCAGGAGGUGCUAUUAUGUUGGUCAUUUAUGACUAUGCCCACUCGUAUCUUACUGCUCGUUUUAAGUAGCCAGUAAUUAUACAAACGAUGUUCAAAUGACUAAAAUAUUAUUCACCAAGUGCCAAUUUCUUGUGCAAUUUGUGCUGCUAUUAAGAUUUACAAGUUUAUUAAUAUAGUUUAGGAGCUAAUUCGAAAAUUCUUUAAUUUUGUUGUACAUAUUAUACAACACACGAUAUUUGCUAAAUAUAUUUGGGUGCUUGCA